CAGCGUGAUUUGAAUGUUUUUGCGGUUAUCCAAAGCAAAAUUUUUUAUUUUUUUUUCUAUCUUAUCUUUUCUUCGUUCCUUUUUUCUUGUGUGUGUAUAUCAACAAAUUAUAUACCAAUGGACAACAAGUCCUCACCAUCAACGUCAACUCUUCAUAUGGUCGAGGAUACUGAAGGUGUACAAACAAAACGAAAAUUCGCUGCCUAUGAACCUGUAAAAGAACCUGCGUUAUGGAGAGUCAUUAAAGAUCAAAUGAAAACGAAGGAAGGUUGGUGGGGUGAUCUUGGUUGGGCAAGUCUAUGUUUACCUCCAUUCUUCAUCAAGGAAAAGAAACCUCCUGCCUUUUGGGGACUCAAUAGUCGGCUGCCUUUAGGUUUAGCUGCCAUUCUUGGUUUUCAACACAGUUUGGCUAUGAUCAGCGGCGUCGUGACACCAAUCCUUUUGAUUACAGCAACUGGCUCCACCUCAUUGAAUCUGGAUCCUGAGGAUCAACAAUACUUGUUAUCAGCAGCAUUGAUUACUUCAGCAUUUUUGUCCUUUAUUCAAAUCACUCGAUUUAGAUUGUUCAAAACCAAUUUUUAUCUUGGAUCUGGUCUACUCAGCUUGAUGGGUCCGAAUUUUGCUUCUAUACCUGCCACACAAGCCGUGAUCUCCAACAUGUAUGCCAAUGGUUACUGUCCUACAGAAAUCAUGCCUGAUGGAACAAUCAAAUACUUAGCCUGUCGUCACGCUUGGGGAGCGAUAUUGGGAACUUCUAUGUUAUGUAGUGUAUUUGAAAUGGCCAUCAGUUUCCUUCCUCCAAAGACUAUUCGUCGUUUGUUUCCUCCUGUUGUGUCUGGUGCCACCAUUCUCCUCAUUGGUUGUUCUGUCAUCUCUACUGCUCUCAAGGAUUGGGCUGGUGGUAGUGGUCCUUGUGCUAAUCGUCCAUCCGAUGGUUUCUUUGCAAAAUGUCCUAAUAUUGAUGCACCUCAUGCUCUCCCUUGGGGAAGUCCUGAAUACCUUGGUUUGGGUCUCUUGGUGUUUAUUACCAUUGUUUUGGUGGAAAAUCUUGGUUCUGCUUUUAUGAAAAAUGCUCAGAUUGUGAUUGGUUUGGUGGUAGGCACCAUUGUUGCUGCUGCUACAGGUUAUGUUGAUCCUACUUCUAUUCAAACUGCUCCAGCUAUUACUUUUGUAUGGACUCGCACCUUCCCUAUCAGUCUCUAUCCUCCUGCCAUCAUUCCUUUUUUGAUCGUGUACCUUGACAAUAUAUUGGAAAGCAUAGGCGAUAUCACAGCGACUUGUGAUGUAUCAGGUGUCGAAGUGGAAGGACCUCAUUUCCAACGUCGUAUUCAAGGUGGUCUAUUAGCGGAUGGAUUUGGUUCUUUGAUUGCAGCAUGUAUGACAUUAUCUCCUAUGGUCACCUUUGCUCAAAAUAAUGGCGUCAUUGCUUUGACUAGAUGUGCUAAUCGUGUAGCUGGCUACUUUUGUUGUCUAUUCUUAUUGAUCUAUGGGGUCUUUGGUAAAAUUUCUGCUGUCUUUUUGGUCUUGCCAAGCUCUGUCAUUGGUGGUAUGAAUGCCUUUUUAUUUGCAUCUGUCACUGUCUCUGGUAUUCGUAUUUUAGCUUACUUAUCCUGGACUCGACGUGAUCGAUUCAUUGUUACUUGUGCUUUAUCGUUAGGACUUGGUGUCUUAUUAACUCCAGGAUGGUUCUCUCAUGUAUUUAGUUAUCAAGGUAAUAAUGAAGCUUUGAAAGGAUUUCUUAGUGCGGUGGAAACAGUAGUCGGUACUUCCUAUUGUAUUGGCUCACUUCUUGCAAUCCUCUUGGAACAAAUUGUCCCUCGUGAAUGGGGAAAUGUUAGUUUGGCUGAAGAAGAAAAGAAAAAGAAGGAAGAGAUGGAAAAGGUACGAAAUGGAUUCUUGGAAAGCGAUAUCGACCUUGGUGCUACUGUCCCUCCUACCACAAUUGCAGCUUCUGAUACCACUACUACAACUACCGUCAAUCAUUAG